UAAAAAAAGUGAUCUUGGCAACGAGGUUAUGUUUACUGGAUAAUUUUGUCGAGUCAGAUUAGAUAUUUGAGAGAUCUUAUAUUUGUUUCUUUACAUUAAGUAUAAAAGAAAAAAUGUUGGUGACAUUAAAAACUUUACAACAACAAACGUUUCAAAUAGAAAUUGAUCCUGAUGAAACAGUCAAAGCAUUGAAGCUUAAAAUUGAAGUUGAAAAAGGUAAAAAUUAUGCGGCAGAUCAGCAAAAACUUAUUUAUGCAGGUAAAAUUCUUCUUGAUGAUAACAAACUGCGUAUAUAUAAUAUAGAUGAAAAAAAAUUCAUCGUUAUAAUGGUGACUAAACCUAAAUCUUCGGAUCAUCAACAAGCAUCAUCGACCUCGACGCCAGAGGCUGGACAAAGUGCUUCAACAGAAAGUGGUGAUGGUAACGCUAAAACUGUAGAAGAAAAUCCAAAACCUACACCUGAAACAGAACCCGAACGUGCUGUUGAGCCACCUAUUACAGCAAAUGAACUUGAUUUUGAAACAACAGUUCAGAGCAUUAUGGAUAUGGGAUAUAAUAGACAACAAGUUGAACAAGCACUUCGGGCAUCAUUCAAUAAUCGUGAAAGGGCUGUGGAAUACCUUAUAACAGGCAUUCCAGAAGAAUUGCUCCAAGAACAAGAAGCAGAAGAAAGCUCUGAUGAUGACCCAUUAGGAUUUCUCCGUGAUCAACCCCAAUUUCAACAAAUGCGUGCAGUAAUUCAACAGAAUCCUAAUUUAUUAAAUACAGUGCUCCAACAAAUUGGCCAAACUAAUCCAGCUCUUUUGCAAGCCAUAAGUCAACACCAACAAGCAUUCGUAAGGAUGCUUAAUGAGCCUGUAAAUACUCCUCCAACGGCUGCUGCUGCUGCAGCUGCAGCUGCAGCUGUGGUUGCUCCAGAUGAAGUUGCUACUGAUAAUCCACCACAAUCUCAAAAUGUUAUUCAAAUAUCUCCUCAAGAUAAAGAGGCUAUUGAGCGAUUAAAAGCAUUGGGUUUUCCAGAACAUAUGGUGAUACAAGCUUAUUUUGCGUGUGAAAAAAAUGAAAACCUUGCAGCCAACUUUUUACUGUCUCAAAAUUUUGAUGAUUAAAGUAAAGAAAGAUAUCAACUUCUUAUAUUAAAUGUGGAAAACAAAGUAACAGUAUGUUGUAUACUGUAUUUUAAGUAAACAGCCUAAUAGUUCUAACCUUCUGCUUUGUACAUUUAUUUAAUGUGCACUAAAAUUCAAAAGAUUUUGUCAUGAUAAAAACUUUAAAAAAUAAAUAUCUUAUUGUAUGACUUAUUCAACUCUUUAAAUAAAGAAGUUGUUGUUAUUUUAA